GGGGACCCCGGAGGAGAAAGAUUGUUACACCAGCUCAAAGACAGCAGAGAGUGGUUCAUGUCGGAGGGGGAGUGUGAGCAGUCGGGCCAAGCUGGAAGUGUGCUGAUUGAACCUGUGGAGCUGAGGUGGGAGUCCGGAGUUGUGGACAGAAAUGACUCACCUGGAAUCGCAGAUAUGCUCCCACCUUCUCCAGGCGCACUACGGUCAGAUCGUGGCCAAUGUCGGCACACACCUCGUCCGCAACGGCUGCCAACCGCUGCGACUGAUCGCGUCUGACACCGACACUCCUGUCGACCAGGUUAAGAAAGCCCUCUGCGUCCUCAUCCACCACAACUUCGCCGCCUACCGCCUGCACAAGCGAGGAUACGUGGAGUACGAGCUGCUGGGCGCCAACGUCCAGCGCAUCCUGCGUUACCCCCGCUACAUCUACUCAGCCAAGACGCUGUACGGGGACACGGGCGAGCUGAUCGUGGAGGAGCUGCUCCAGAAUGGCAAGAUGUCAAUGAGUACUGUGGUGAAGAAGGUGGCUGACCGGCUGACCGAGACGAUGGAGGAUAAUCGGAGUGUGGAGUACAGUGAAGCCUCCAACACGUUUGUCCGCCUGGUGGAGACGCACUUCCUCCAGAAGUGCGAGACGGUUCCCGAGCUGCCUCCGGGUGAUGGGUCCCGCCCCCCUCCUGUUCCCACGCUGGUCUCGGACGAGAAGGAGAUGUACACGGUACCCAACCUCGGCCUGAUUGGUCAAGGUAAACGCCGAAGGCAGCCGUCGGGAGAUGGUGGGGAGCCCAGGUCGAAGCGCUCGAAACACGACCGGUGGGACCAGGAGUCUCCCCCCGACGACGGCAUUUACUGGCAGGUGAAUUUCGACCGCUUCCACCAGCAUUUCCGCGACCAGGCCAUCAUCGCGGCAGUCAGCAGCAAGCUCGACCAGACGAGCAGUGAAAUAGUCAGGACCAUGCUGAGGCUCAGUGAAGUCACCACCUCGUCCAACUCCUCGCACACACAACCCCUCUCGUCCAACGAGAUAUUCCGAGCUUUCCCUUCCGGAUACAACAUCUCCAAACAGGUCCUGGACCAGUACCUCACGCUGCUAAGCGACGACCCGAUGAAGUUUGUCGGGAAGACCGGAGAGAGCGGUGGUGGCAUGUUUGUAAUCAACCUCCAUCGGGCUCUCGCUUCUCUGGCCUGUGCAACAGUGGAAUCAGUCGUGCAGGAACGGUUCGGCUCGCGGUCGGCCCGGAUAUUCCGGCUCCUGCUUCGAAAGCGGCAUCUGGAGCAGAAGCAGGUGGAGGAUUUUGCCAUGAUCCCAGCAAAGGAAGCGAAGGAGAUGAUGUACCGGAUGUUAUCAGAGAAUUUCAUCUCCUUGCAGGAAAUCCCCAAGACACCGGAUCACGCUCCUUCCAGAACCUUCUACCUGUACACUGUCAACUUCCAGGCGACGGUGCGCAUGAUACUGCAGCGCUGCUACAAGACGGUGGUUAACUUGAUCACUCGCCGGGAGCACGAGACUCGAGAGAAUAAGCGGCUGCUGGAGAAAUCCCAGCGAAUCGAGGCCAUCAUGGCGUCGAUGCAGGCGACGGGGGCAGAGGAGGUGCAGCUGCAGGAGAUAGAAGAGAUGAUCACCGCACCCGAGCAACAGCAGCUGGAGACACUCAAGCACAACGUCAACAUGUUGGAUUCGAGUGAGAAUCAGGUGGACGAGACAAUAUUUAUUUUGGAAUCUUACAUUGCCACGACCCGGAUCGAAAAGGAGGCUCCACCAAAACGGUGAGCUGGAGGGAACAAGAAUCACCAUGUCAGAGACCACCUCAA